GCGUUUCUUCUCAAGAUCUAUAGACAUACAUUAUGCGUCGAGGAGGGGGUCCACUCCAUCAUGCGUCGGUGCCGACAUCUUUGGGGCUUGCCUUUCCAGCCUGCGUCACAGAAGCAUUGCUGCAGGUCUCCAAACACAUACGUUUGUCUAGCCAUGGACGAGGCCGACCAUCGCUUACAAAAAACAACGACUUGCAGCUGUUAAUUGAUAACGAGAUAUUCUGCCUGGCUGCCGAUAGGAAAACUUCUCGUCUUUCACAACUUCAAGAAUUCACGCUGAUCAACCUGUUAGCUCACUUCUUCACGGAACGAGAUGAGAUGAACAAGUACACUUAUUUUGAAGUGCUAUUCCUUGGAAGAGAGGGGGAUUCACACAUCCACGAGCUAAGACUUGGCGUCUUAUACCGGUUAGCCUCGUACGCUUUGCAGUUCCCCGUUCUGCAGCUGUACGCCCAGAUCUCGCUAUGGUUAUCUAAGGUUGGCAGCAGCAAGCCAUAUGCUGAAGAACUGGUCGCAGUUUUGGCUGAGCAUUAUUUGAAACCUGCUGAUUCCAAAAUUUUCGAGUUCCUUCUACCGCUAGAAACCUCAUGUCCAGAAUUCACUGUAUUUUUCGUCGUUUACGCUACACGCUUUAUGCCUAUCAAUCGGCCAAUGGCAGCUGUCUUCGCUAGUUAUAUAAAUAGGAAUCCCGGGUACUUCCUUAAAGGAUUCAGAGACUCGCCUCAUCUAGCAGAUAUCUUUAGACAAGAGGUAUUUGAGAAAAUGUUAACCUAUCUGCUAGAGUUAGAGGGUGAGCCAGCGACAGAUCCUGAGGCUAUGAAUUAUCACACAGCUGUCAUGGUGUUGCUAGAUAAGUGGAGCACAACAAUCAAGAAGCCAUUGGACAUUAGUAAGUUUUCUAUGCCUAUCACUUUUAUAAGCAAUAUACUAUGGCGAUAUUUUUGGUACUGGGAAGAAGUCCUCCACUGCAAAGCAUGUCAGCAAACCUGCUGCUGCAAAAGUACAGAAUCCACCACCAACCGAAGAAGUCAAGCACGUAGAAGAAUUGCAAGAGAGUGCAUCAAAGUUGUGCAUGAGGUGGCAGAACCACGUCGUGCGCAACCAGUGAGUUCAUCUACAGAAUCUCCAGAAGCGAGGGAAGAGGUGAUCAAGCCGAUAGCUCAUCAGAUUACUGUCGAGGAAGCUCACGAGGGCACUUCGCCCCAGGUUAAUAAAACUGCUGAAAGGACCGAUGUGAAGACACCAGAAGAUGCUGAACGCGAAAAUACGACGUUCAAAGGCCCUCAAAGCCAGCAAGAAGCGGUCGAUAUUCCGAAGAAGAAGGUUCCCGAACAUGUUGAAUAUCUUUUGGUGGGAGCUGGAACAGCCGCAUACUAUGCAUCUUUGGCUAUCCGAGCUCGACAUGCUGACGCUAAAGUUCUCAUGAUAGGAGAGGAAGAUUAUCUACCGUAUAAUAGACCUCCUCUAUCGAAGGAGUUGUGGUGGUACGGGGAUGAGAAGGUUGCUAGCACUUUGCAAUACACCAGUCUUGCCGGAAAGAAACGCGACAUUUUCUUCGAAGCAGAUGGUUUCUUUGUGCCAUGCAGUGAAUUGCCAAGCACUGCUCAUGGUGGAGUGUCGUUGUUGAAAGGCCGUCGCGUCGAGAAGAUCUGCCCUGACGAGAAGAAAGCAUACCUUGAUGAUAAGACAUGUAUCAAGUACGACAAAUGUCUGAUCGCCACAGGAGGAAGACCAAAAACCUUACCGGAAUUGAAGAGUUCUCCCGAGUUGGAAAAAAGAGUCGUGUAUCUGCGUGGAAUUGAAGACUAUCGCAGAUUGGAAUCCAUUUGCAAGUCGUCUAAAUCAGUCACAAUCGUAGGAGGAGGUUUUCUUGGCUCAGAGCUUGCAUAUAGCAUCCGCAGAAAGUAUGAAAAUGUGGCGGUAAAUCAGGUGAUUGCUGAGAGCGGAAACCUUAGUGGCGUUCUACCCGAGCACCUGUCGAAGAAAGCUGCAGAUUCACUCCGUGAAAUUGGCGUAAAUGUUAUGACAAAUACAAAGAUCAUAUCUGCCCGGCGGAAGGGAGACAACGUGGAACUCGAGGUAAACGGUUCGAAAAAGGUCACAUCUGAGUAUGUAGUGGUGGCAAUUGGAAUCGAACCCGAUGUAACUGUAGCGAAGGCUUCUGGACUUGAGGUCGACGAUCGACUAGGUGGCAUCGCGACUGACGCUGAGCUGCGAGUUCGAACUGGAAUAUGGGCAGCCGGUGAUGCUGCUUCAUUCUAUGACAGAUCUUUGGGUCGACGGCGUAUUGAGCAUUGGGAGAACGCGCAGAUAAGUGGAAGGCUGGCUGGUGAAAACAUGACUGGUGCGGGCAAAGCUUUCUGGUAUCAACCAUCGUAUUUCACAAAAAUCGCCCCAAAAUGGCAUAUAAAUGCCGUGGGUAUCACAGAUUCUUCGUUACCUACAGUUUCUGUUUUUGCUAAGGACCAUGACGAAAAAGAAAGCUACGACCGUGGCGUUGUUUUCUACAAAGGAGCUGAUGGAAAGGUUGUUGGUGUUCUCCUCCUCAAUGUAUUUGGCUCUGGAGUAGACGUUGCUCGGCGUUUGAUCGAGGAAGCAAGGAGUGUAGAAGAUUUUCAACAACUGGCUAAACUCUUCUCCUUAUAUAAGCCAGCCGAGACGGAAGAGAGCGACAAAAAAUCAUAGGAUUCAGCUUGCUCAAAUUAGUUUAGUCUUAGUUAGGAUUUGAAAUAUCAUAUAGGCUCAAGGAUCUAAUUGAUUCAUUAACGCAGAUAUGCACGUAGCGCGACCUGGGAUGCGUGUCCAGAGUUGCCCGCGGCGGGACCGGUUUCGGCACAGACCUGACACACGUGCAACUGUGGACACAUCCCGAGUAUCACAAUGAUAAGCAUAGCUGCUCGUGUAGGCUUUUUUUUCUUUUUUUUUUCUCAUUUCAAGGUUAGAC